AUGAUCUCUCUGAUACUCCGGUAUUUCCUCUCACAAACGACUGAUGCUUCCUCAUCCUCUUCUUCUUCCAGAGACGAUCCUCCAAAGGCCGAUUUCUGGCUCACACACUACACGAACACGGGUAUACCAAACCCUCCGAAGCCCGUCCAAAUCAAUGACAAGGGCCAAAACUCUUACAAGAUCUGGGCCAUGAAGCCCGAUGAGCGACCCGAAGAUGUGGUUAUCGGUAUAACGCAUCCCAUUGCCGAGUCGGAUUUUGUCAAUGUUGUCAAGUCCCCCGACCCCUAG